AGAAUACAUUAUUGGUAUAAGAAUUUCUUCUUUAUCCCUUUUUUUCCCCCUCAAACUUUCUUAAGAACCAAAUUAAAGGCCAAAAUACCAUUCUCUGCUUACACAUGAAGAAAAUGGGAAUAGAUUCCUCACCAUUCUUUCCUCUCAUUUGCCCCAUCAUCUAUCUCCUCCUUCUCUACCUAUGAACAAACUCCUUUAAUUUGUUCUUCUUUCUCUUCUUGUCUCAUGAGAAAAGGAUAGACUAAUUCAGGUUAAGCUUUUGGGAUAGACUAAGGACAUUGUGGUUGUUUAUGGGGGCGGGAUUUUCGAGUUUUUCCCGAGAGAAUAAUGGAGAAAUGAGUUCUCCAAUGAAACUUAAUCUCGGCGAUGUACCGGAGAGUUGUGUUUCGGCCAUAUUUAUGUAUUUGGAUCCGCCGGAGAUUUGUAGAUUGGCGAGGUUGAACAGGGCUUUUCGUGGCGCUUCUUCUGCUGACUUUGUGUGGGAAUCAAAGCUGCCUUCCAAUUAUAAGUUUCUUGCCAAGGAAAUUCUUGAUCAAUCUCCGGAGAGCUUGGGGAAGAAGGAGAUUUAUGCUAAGUUGUCCACACCCAAUUUCUUUGAUGGUGGCACCAAGCAAGCAUGGUUGGAUAAGAGUAGUGGUAAGAUUUGUCUAUCAAUCUCAUACCAAGCGUUGAGAAUAACCGGUAUUGAUGAUCGGAGAUAUUGGAGUCAUGUUGUGUCCGAGGAAUCCAGAUAUCAAGCAAUUGCGUAUCUUCAACAAAUUUGGUGGUUUGAAGUGGUGGGUGAAGUAGAUUUUGAAUUCCCACCAGGAACAUAUAGCCUCUUCUUUAGGUUACAACUAGGCAAAUCCUCAAGAAAAUUUGGUAGGAGGGUGUGCAAUGUUGAUCAAGUCCAUGGCUGGAACAUUAAACCCGUCCGAUUUCAACUAUCAACAUCCAACGGCCACCGUGCUUCAUCGGAGUGUCACUUGCAUGAACCAGGUGACUGGCACCACUACCAUGUGGGUGAUUUUGUAGUGCAUACCCUCAACACACCAAUGAAGAUCAAGUUCUCCAUGAUGCAGAUUGAUUGCACACACACCAAAGGUGGUCUAUGUUUAGAUUCUGUGUUUAUAUACCCAAGUGAGUUUAGAGAAAGAUUCAAAUAGUUGUAAAUUUUAAAAUUUAUUAGUUUUUUAGGCAUAUGUUACAUAAAAGAUUUGAUUUAGAGUUGAGCAUAUGAAGCUCUUGAACGCAAAGUGGAUAAAGAUUUGGUGCUUUUUUCCUUUUGGCUUUUGGUCCAUAAACUUUCUAUAUUUGAAGCUAAGUUAUGUGCAAUGUGCAGCAUGAUUCUUGCUUUUGUUUU